CUAAACAACUUUUUUUUGAGCACUCGCGAAAUUAACUUCUCAUUUAUUUUCAUCAGAGCCGGCCAUAGGGCCAGUUGGGCGAGGCAGUGGCCUAGGGCCUCACAAUUUGGGAGGGCCUCAUUUUUUUAUAUAAGUGUUAGUAGUAGUAUUAAAAUAUUAAAAUUAGCUUCAUACUCCAACGCUAAUCGGUAGAGCCUGUAACCUGUUGUCGCCCAAAGGCCUGCAAACCCCAAACCCAUCACCUUAGUAGUGGCGAGAUUUCAAGACCUAAUUUGUGGCCCUGCCGCCCUAUUCUUCUCCCGGAGUUCCGGUAAUCAAAGUUCCAGCCUUCCAGCGCCAGUGAGAGCUUUACAGGUCUUUCCCUAGCCUCUACCUCUGAUCUCUGUGAGUUAAUUAAUAAAGCAAUGCCUCUUCGUGAUCUUCCAGUGCAACUCAGGAACUUCAUCAUUUAUAUAAUAGUGCUGUCAAUUACAGGUGCGAUUGAUUACACAGAGAUGGUUUCGCUCGUUUCAGGGUGAACCGCCUGAAACUCGAGUUCCUCGGGUUGGAGGCCCCCUUUCAACAUCACCCACCCCAGUACUAGAGACGGAAAGAGAAACAGAGGAAGCAAUAAUUCCAAUAACUAUGGUUGGUGGCUCCCUUCCAACAUCGCCCACCCCAGUACUAGAGACGGAAAGAGAAACAGAAGAAGCAAUAAUUCAAGUAACUACGGCAGGUGAGCUGCCUCCAAGACCACCUGCGGCGCUAGAAAUCGAGGACACACUGAGGGAGACAACCCCACUAACUCGGGAUGAUGACGUAACAAGCGAAAGGAUGAUUGCCACUCGAAAUUUACCGACAAUAUUAUUGUUUUGUUAUUUAAUAUCUCCUACCGUUGUGUUAAUUGUGUGUUUGAUUUUCAAAGUCCAAGACAUAUCUUGGCGUAUUAUUAUUGCGGGUUGUUGUGAGUAUAUUGGACUUAUUCUGUUUGUCGUAUGUUUGACAUGUUUGUAUAUAAAGAAAUUGAGGACAUAAAUGUUAAAGCGUAUAUUUACAUCAUUUGUU